UCAGACAGUUGAUCAAGAUGGCGGCACUCAAUUCAGAACGGUGGCUCAAUGACUUACCGAAUCACACGAUAUUCAAAAUAAUACGCGAGAAGUUGGAUUUGGAGUGCACCUCGAGUGAAAGAGGGAUCGCUAAGAACCUCACGUUUUGUUUGGGAGCGGACUUGUUCGUGUGGGACGAUUCAGACCGCGUGUUUUACACAACCAACCUGCGGCACUUAAACUCAGAGGAGAGCUCCGGUAGCGGGAAGUAUCAGACCUUGCUGUGCAUCAACCCGCCGCUCUUUGAAGUGUGCCAGGUGCUGGUGAGCCCGACACAGCACCAUGUCGCGCUGGUCGGUCAACGAGGCGUCUCGGUCCUGGAGCUUCCUCUGCGGUGGGGCAAAAGGUCCGAGUUUGAAGGCGGACGCAGCAAAAUCAACUGCAAGACCAUCCCGGUGGCGGAGCGCUUCUUCACCAGCUCACCGUCGGUCAGUCUGCGACAGGCUGCUUGGUACCCUAGCGAGACUGACGAGCCACAUAUGGUGCUGCUCACUUCAGACAACACGAUCAGAUUUUACAGCUUGAAGUCUCCGCAGACACCGGCCAAAAUCCUGCCAGUGUCGCAGUCAGAAGACGAGAGCAGCCUCGACCCUCCGGUGCAUUCGUACGCAGCUUCUCUGGGAGAGAUAGCAGUGGCGUUUGACUUUGGGCCGAUUUCAUCCCCUCCUCGGCAGCUGGCAGGACAGGUCUCCAAAGACCAGCUGGUCUACCCUCUCUAUAUUCUUUACGAAAAUGGGGAGACCUAUGUGAACUACACGAGCCAGGUAAACGGUAUAAGUCUGAGUAAACCCGUUGGACCUCUCCCCAUGUAUCCAGCAGCAGAGGAUAACUAUGGCUAUGAUGCUUGUGCCAUUCUGUGCCUGCCAUGUGUUCCGAGUAUCUUGGUCAUCGCCACAGAAACUGGCACACUGUAUCACUGUGUCGUGCUGGAGUCUGAAGAAGAGGAUGACACGGGGGCAGUGGAAAAGUGGAUCCGAGGCACAGAGACAGUGCCAGCUCUUUAUGUGUUUGAGUGUGUUGAGCUAGAGCUCAUACUUAAAGUGGCAACGGGAGAGGACGAGGAGCCGCAAGAGUUUGAUUUCACCUGUCCAAUCAAACUGCACAGAGACCCUCUCUGUCAGCACCGGUAUCAUUGCACCCAUGAAGCAGGAGUGCACAGCGUGGGGCUAAUCUGGGUCAACAAGCUGCAGAGGUUCCUUAAAUCAGAUGAGGAGGAUAAGGACAGUCUCCAGGAGCUGGCUGCUGAGAAGCGCUGCAUUGUAGAGCACAUUCUUUGCACCAGACCGCUCCUGACCAGUCAGUCGGCUCCAAUUCGUGGUUUUUUGAUUGUGUCUGACCUUGCCUUGGGCGCCACCAUGAUCUGCAUCACCAGCACUUACGAGUGCAUUCUGUUACCCCUUCUGAGCUCCAUUCGCCCUCCUUCCCCUCCCCUGCUUUGCUCCCACCCAGGUCUGGGCUCUGCCAGCUCCCCUCUGCGUGGGCUGGCCGAAGACUCCUUUGAGCAGCACAUUCGCAACAUCCUGGCACGGAGCUCCACCAAUCCUCUUGUACUUAAAGCUGGAGACAAGGACACAUCACCACCACCUCCAGAGUGUCUGGAGCUCCUCAGCAGAGCCACACAGGUGUUCCGCGAGGAGUACAUUCUCAAGCAGGACAUGGCUCGUGAAGAGAUGCAGAGGAGGGUGAAACUCCUGACAGGCCAGAAGAACAAGCAGCUGGAGGAUUUGUCUCUGUGCAGGGAGGAGAGGAAGAGUUUGAGAGAAGCAGCAGAAAGGUUGGCUGAUAAAUACGAAGAUGCAAAGUAUCGCCAAGAAACCAUUAUGAACAGGGUUAAGAAAGUGUUGUGUAGCCUGCAAAGCCAGCUACCCAUACUGUCAAACAGUGAAAAGGAAAUGAAGAAGGAGCUGCAGACCAUCAAUGAUCAACUGAAACACCUGGAAAACUGCAUCAGGCAGGUGAACAUGAAGAUGGAGUACCAGAAGACACAAGUGGGCAAGGAUAUGCCCGGAACUAGGGCAACAGUUUCCCUCAACGCUCCCCAGAAGAAGGUUGUUCAGGAUGUCCUCAAAGAACAAGGACAGCAAAUUGGUGACAUGAUGAAGCAGAUCAAAGACAUCAAAAAUCAUUUUAGUUUCUAAGCACUGCAGAAAAAUGCU